AUGAACCAACCCACUUGUGGAACGAUUGAAGAAAGAAAGAGAAUGGUGCCCCCUUUCGCCCGGGGGGCAUCGUCGGAGAACAAUGAAGUGGAUUUGUUGUCUCGAAUUUCAAAUCAUUCACUUGCUUUAACUACUCAUGCUAUGGAUGUGGGAGCAUUAACUCCGUUUCUGUGGGCUUUUGAGGAGCGGGAGAAAUUGUUGGAAUUCUAUGAAAGAGUCUCAGGAGCCAGGAUGCAUGCCAGUUUCAUACGACCAGGUGGAGUGGCACAAGAUCUGCCUCUUGGCUUAUGUCGAGAUAUUGAUUCUUUUACACAACAAUUUGCUUCUCGUAUCGACGAAUUAGAAGAGAUGUUAAUCGGCAACCGUAUCUGGAAACAACGAUUAGUGGAUAUUGGUACUGUCACUGCACAGCAAGCAAAGGAUUGGGGAUUCAGUGGUGUAAUGUUAAGAGGUUCAGGGGUAUGCUGGGAUUUGCGAAGAGCAGCACCUUACGAUGUUUAUGACCAGUUGGAUUUUGACGUACCAGUAGGUACCAGAGGAGAUUGCUAUGAUCGUUACUGUAUUCGUAUUGAAGAGAUGCGACAAAGUGUUCGGAUCAUUGUGCAAUGUCUUAAUAAAAUGCCUAGUGGCAUGAUCAAAGCUGAUGAUCGUAAACUAUGUCCUCCAUCACGAGGUCGAAUGAAACUAUCCAUGGAAUCCUUAAUUCACCAUUUCGAACUUUAUACAGAAGGUUUUUCCGUACCAGCUUCUUCUACCUAUACCGCAGUUGAAGCACCUAAAGGAGAAUUUGGUGUCUUUCUGGUCAGUAAUGGAAGCAAUCGUCCUUACCGUUAA